AUGGAGCUGGAGAAUCAGACAGUGGUGACUGAAUUCAUCCUCCUGGGUUUGUCCCCAGCCCAAGAAGUCCAGCUUAUCCUCUUCUUUCUCUUCCUGUUCUUCUACAUCAUCAUCCUCCCAGGGAACAUCCUUAUUAUUCUCACCAUCCUGCAUGACCCCCACCUGGGCUCCCCCAUGUAUUUCUUCCUGGCCAACUUGGCCUUCCUGGACAUCUGUUACUGCUCUGUUACCCCACCAAAGAUGCUGGCUGACUUCUUCUCCUUCUGCAAAGCCAUCUCCUAUGGAGGCUGCAUGGCUCAGCUCUUUUUCCUCCACUUUUUGGGGGCAGCUGAAGCCUUCCUCCUCCUUGCCAUGGCCUAUGACCGCUAUGUGGCCAUCUUCCAGCCCCUGCACUACACAAUUGUGGUGAGCUGGGAGCUCUGCUGGAUCCUGGUGGGGGCAACAUGGAUUGGGGGCCUAUUCCACAGUGCUAUCCAGGUGGCUCUGACUGCCCAGCUCCCUUUCUGUGGGCCCAAUGUGCUGGACAACUUCUUCUGUGAUGUUCCUCAAGUGGUCAAGCUGGCCUGCACAGACACUUCCCUGGUGGAGAUCCUGACCUUCUCCAACAAUGGCCUGGUCAUUCUCUUCUGCUUCCUCCUUCUCCUUGUCUCCUACUCCUUCCUUCUGCUCAAACUACGGGCACAGUCAACCCAAAGACAGAAGAAAGUGGCUUCCACCUGCAUCACUCACAUAAUCAUCGUCUUUAUCAUGUUUGUCCCAGCCAUCUACAUCUACUGCCAGCCCUUCCGCACCAUCCCCAUGGAGAAGGUGGUGGCCGUGUUGCACACUGUGGUCUUCCCCCUUACAAACCCCAUGAUCUACACACUGAGAAACAAAGAAGUGAAGUCAGCAAUGAAGAGGAUGGUCUGUAGAUAUGGGCUUUGUUGUAGAGAACUGAGCAAGUAA